GUAGGUACUAAUGAGGGGCUGUCACGUGGUACCUCCCUGUGUGGUGAGCAGUGGAGCUUCAGGAGCCUGUUGCUGCUGCUGCUGCUGAUUUCCCUCCACUCUCCACAACCACUCACAACAUCUUAACAGCUGUGAAGGAAGCUGAGGAUGACACCCAACCUUCAUAAGGACUAACCUGCACCCGCACUCUGCCUCCUCUCACACCCGGGACCACCUGAGCAGCUUUUACCAGCAACUGACCUCCAAAGAAUUAUACAGUGUGUUCAGGUCCAGUCAGGAUGAUGGAGAGAGCUGUAGUGCUGGCACUGUGCUGCUGCAUGUUGAUGCCUGACCCGUGUGCUCCGCUCUAUCCAUCACUACGAUUUGGACAGAGAGCUACUGCUAUUCUAAUGAGCUCCUCUUUGGAGGAUCCAUUGCAGCUGCCCACAGACUACAGCACCGCCCACAGUCAGGAGGUGGAGUUUAGGUCUGGGAGACAUGCUGAUGCCAUCUUCACUAACAGCUACCGGAAGGUUCUCGGCCAAAUAUCUGCCAGAAAAUUCCUCCAAACCAUCAUGGGCAAAAGAUUCGGGCCAACGUCUGAGCGCUUCGUAAAACGGCAGUCUGGGAUUUUUGAAGACACCUUUAAACAGGACCUGGCGUCUAUCGAGAGAGAACAAAGUUACAGAACCAAGAGGACUGCAGGCUCUUAGAUAACAGCUCACACACACAGCAGCUAAGUGUACAUUGUACUGUUUGUGAAACUAUGUACCUUACAUCUCCAAAGAAAAUGUUCUCCAAAGUUUCAUUUGCUGUCUUUUCAAUCUUCUAAGUAAACAAUGUGCUUGCUGAGUAGUGAUCAAGAGACAAAUCUGUAGAGGGUCGAGAAAAUGUUUAGUUAUUAGAGGCUGCAAAUCUUUCCACUGUAACAGAGGCAAAAAUAUAUAUUAAUAUCAGUUUUAAGAAGCUAAAAGUUUUGUUAUACCACCAUUAUAAUGCUCCAGUUCUGACCCCCAAUAUGGUUGACUGAGAGAUGAUCUAAAAGUGCCAAUAUUGCACGAUACACUAUAUUUCCAAAACUAUUCACACGCCCAUUCAAAUCAGUGAAUCUCAGGUGUUCCAAUCACUUCCAUGGCGAUUCGAUUGGACACGUUUGGGUUUGGUGGAACCCAGGAAAAUGAUAUUUGUCUGACUGUAUUGUGCCACGUGUAAAGUUCGGUGGAGGUGGAAGUAUGGUGUUGAGCCUGUUAGUUCCAGUGAAGCUUUUUCAAAGAAACAUUUUCUAAAUGGAAGACCGUUUUUAGAUGGGCAGUUUUUCUCACAUUAGUGUCACUUGUUCAUUUUUAUUUGGUGCAGUGAUGACUCUGUGGUUAGAGCACCAAGCUAUGGAUGACAAGGUUGUUUAAUGCCUGGUGCUAAGCUGCCACCACUGGGCCCCUGUGUCUUCUAAGGCUGUCCAUUAUCGUAUAUUUGUGUGUUCACUGCAUGGAUGGGUUGAAGCAGUGUGCAUUCAGGUUGUCUUAUCUUGUCUAUGUAGAACAAGCCACUUAUAA